AUGUCGCCGAAUCCGUUGGUAUCGUAUUCCGAUUCGGAAUCCGACCACGAGGAGAAGGGGACAAAGGAGCCAAGGAAUGAACUUCCACCCCUUCCAGCCUCAUUCCAUGAUCUCUAUUCAGCCAACGCGCGUACUUCCACCACCGACGACCCCAGUCUCCAUGGCGGCCGAAAACGAGCUAUACCGCACAUCGAGGGCAACUGGCCUAGUCAUGUAUACCUGGAGUGGAUUCCGUCGCAAACAGAGUCAGAGCAACUGCACCAACUUAUAGAGACCGUGAAGGAAGCAAUCGAAAAACUUAACAAGGAGAGGAUAAAACCUCUGCCUAUACCGGACAUUACACCUUCUCUACGGUCUCCGCUUGGGGCAUCAUUGCCCCUGCAUAUCUCACUUUCCCGGACCCUGCACAUCAAAACUGAUGAUCGAGAGGCGUUCCUGGAAACCCUCAGAGGAAGGAUACGAAAGUCAAGCGUGCACCCUUUCGAGAUCCGUUUUGCGAACUUGAAGUGGGUGCCUAACUAUGAGCGGAAUCGGUGGUUCCUCUUGCUUGGGAUCGAGAAGCCGCCAGGCGAUGAGCUGAACAGGUUGUUAGAAGCUUGCAAUGCAGCAUGUUCGGAUUAUAGAUACCCGGAACUCUAUGUCGGUGGGAAGGGUGAUGGGCCGAUGGAAGAUGAUAUAAACGAGGACGGGAGCAGAGCGAAGAGGAGGAGAAUGAGCAGCACCACUAAGCCAAACGGUUCUAAGGAAGCAAGUGUUCCUAUGUCAACCGAUCGAAGCGAAUAUUUUCACAUCAGCAUAGCUUGGAACCUCGUCGAGCCCGCACCUGAGUACGUCGAGCUGGUACGAGAUAUCGCCAUCGCAGAAACAGUACAGGUUCCUCCUAUAUCAUUCACGGCGGUCAAAGCAAGGAUCGGAAACACUGUGCAUAAUAUUCGUUUAGGUAAAGCAGCCAGUGCUGACAGAAGAGCUGGCAUAUUAGGGCUAGGAUGA